AUGCUUGCCAAUUCAGCCAGUGUGCGGAUUCUCAUCAAGGGAGGCAAGGUGGUGAACGAUGACUGCACCCACGAGGCUGAUGUCUACAUUGAGAAUGGCAUCAUCCAGCAGGUGGGCCGUGAGCUCAUGAUCCCCGGAGGGGCCAAGGUCAUUGAUGCCACUGGGAAACUGGUGAUCCCUGGAGGCAUUGACACCAGCACCCACUUCCACCAGACCUUCAUGAACGCCACGUGCGUGGACGACUUCUACCACGGGACCAAGGCGGCACUAGUUGGAGGUACCACCAUGAUCAUCGGCCACGUCCUGCCUGACAAGGAGACCUCUCUCGUGGAUGCCUAUGAAAAGUGCCGGGGUCUGGCCGACCCCAAGGUCUGCUGUGACUACGCCCUCCACGUGGGGAUCACCUGGUGGGCGCCCAAGGUGAAAGCAGAAAUGGAGACACUGGUGAGGGAAAAGGGUGUCAACUCGUUCCAGAUGUUCAUGACCUACAAGGACUUAUAUAUGCUGCGGGACAGUGAGCUGUACCAAGUGUUUCACGCCUGCAAGGACAUUGGAGCCAUUGCCCGAGUCCAUGCUGAAAAUGGGGAGCUCGUGGCCGAGGGUGCUAAGGAGGCGCUAGAUUUGGGUAUCACAGGCCCAGAAGGAAUCGAGAUCAGCCGUCCAGAGGAGCUGGAGGCCGAAGCCACUCACCGUGUGAUCACCAUUGCAAACAGAACUCACUGUCCGAUCUACCUAGUCAAUGUGUCCAGCAUCUCGGCUGGUGAUGUCAUCGCAACUGCUAAGAUGCAAGGGAAGGUCGUGCUGGCCGAGACCACGACUGCGCAUGCCACGCUGACAGGCUUGCACUACUACCACCAGGACUGGUCCCAUGCAGCCGCCUACGUCACAGUGCCGCCCCUGAGACUGGACACCAACACUUCAACCUACCUCAUGAGCCUGCUGGCCAAUGAUACACUGAAUAUUGUGGCAUCAGAUCACCGGCCUUUCACCACGAAGCAGAAAGCUAUGGGCAAGGAGGACUUCACCAAGAUCCCGCACGGAGUGAGCGGCGUGCAGGACCGCAUGAGCGUCAUCUGGGAGAGAGGAGUGGUCGGAGGAAAGAUGGAUGAGAACCGUUUUGUGGCCGUUACCAGUUCCAACGCAGCGAAGAUUCUCAACCUGUAUCCCCGCAAGGGCCGCAUCAUCCCCGGAGCUGAUGCUGACGUGGUGGUGUGGGACCCAGAAGCCACCAAGACCAUCUCAGCCAGCACCCAGGUUCAGGGAGGAGACUUCAACCUGUACGAGAACAUGCGCUGCCAUGGCGUGCCGCUGGUCACCAUCAGCCGGGGGCGAGUCGUGUACGAGAAUGGUGUCUUCAUGUGUGCAGAGGGCACCGGCAAGUUCUGUCCCCUGAGGUCCUUCCCAGACACCGUCUACAAGAAGCUGGUUCAGAGAGAAAAGAUCUUAAAGGUGAGGGGAGUGGACCGUACUCCCUACCUGGGGGACGUAGCUGUCGUUGUGCAUCCUGGGAAAAAAGAGAUGGGAACGCCACUGGCAGACACUCCUACCCGGCCCGUUACCCGACACGGGGGCAUGAGGGACCUUCAUGAAUCCAGCUUCAGCCUCUCUGGUUCUCAGAUCGAUGACCACGUUCCAAAGCGAGCUUCGGCUCGGAUCCUCGCUCCUCCCGGAGGCAGGUCAAGCGGCAUUUGGUAAAGGCACUGACCAGCCCCCCCAAGUGAGGAUGCACCACUGCCACCAGCCCGCACACCCUCCGGCCGCAGCUGCAGGGGCAGGAGAGGCUGGGCUGGGCAGCACACCACCUGAGGGGGCCAGG